AUCGUAUUUUCAAGAGCAUCUGCACAACGUGAAAUCUCAUUCAGUACCACCAGAGUAACCGGACUGUGCGCACUCAGUGGUUGUGAUUACUGAAACGUUUAGAUUUGUUUAAGCAAUCUGUUUGUUUAUUUGAUUUUUCUUUUUUGUUUCUUUCGGGGAAACAUAGGGGAAAAAUAUACUAGAAGAAUAUUUUACUGUUUCGAUUUUUCACGACCGCUGCAGUGAACGCAUUUUUGUGAUAUUGUGUCAGUCUGGACCGCCGUGAGGAAAACAAUAUUUACAGGUAAAAAAAUAUUGAUUUUGUUGUUAUUAUUAUUAUUAUUUUUUUUUUUUUACUACCAAUAUACACAGAAUUUUAUUGACUGAUUGAAUUAUUAAUUUGUUGAGUUUUUCUCGUUUAAAAAUUAUCACUGUCGAAACCGUUACAGCGUUUAUCACUGAUUUCAGAUAAUAUAAUAUAAAUUUUAUAUUAUUUGAGUUUGUUUUUUAUUUUUUGGACCGGGUCUAAUAUUUUUCGAGUUUACUCACAGUAAAAUUUUUUUUGCACGUUAAAUAAAAAACAUCUUUUUUUCCUACGUAUUAACGUGUUAUUUGGUAAUUUAAUCUCAAAACCGUAAAAUAUCACUUAUAAUUAUAUCGAACAAGCGAUUUUUAAGUUUUUUCUGUUUAGUAUAUUUUAUCCACAGAGUAACUACCAAAUAAAAAUUCCGUAAAAAAUUCACAAAAUUAAAAUAUCUAUAAAUAGCUCAAAUAGGUUAAAUAUUUUAAAAAUUUUACCUCGUCUAAAAAAGACAAAUAUAAGUUUUAUGUCAAAAUUUAAGUCUCGACAAAUAUAUUUAACUGAAUUACAACAAAAAAACAAAAUUUAAAAUAAUAAAAGUAUUAUUUUCGUAAAUUUUCCCGUUUUUCUUAUGUUUUUUCUGUUUUUUCCCAAUUAUUAUGAAAACUGCUUAAAAAAUUAAAAAACGAUCUACUUAUUCACGAAUUAUAUCAAUAUGCAAUUAAAAAAAAUGUUUCGUCAUUUUUCGAUUGGGACAAUUAUUAUUCUAGUAGAAAGCAUAAGUUGCAAUAAUUAGAAACAAUAAAACCGGUAACGUCACACCUCGCCGUAAAUAUUUACCGUUAUACCCAUUAUUUUCUUUCUGGUUUUUUCCCAAUUAUUCGAAAACCCUUUGGAAAAUUUAAAAAUUACCUUUCUAAUGCACCGACUAGAUAAAAUUUCCUUUCAGAGAAGAUAACAUAUUCUAUACUUUGGAAUAAGAUUUCUUUUUGUAAAGUUUUUACAGAAAGAAUCAUUUAUGUUUUUUUAUGCAUCGUUUCCCUUAAAAACAUAAUAACCAGCAGGUUUAUGCGUAUUGUUUGAUAUGAAUUUUUAAUUUUCUUGUUUUCGUUGGCCUGAAAACUAAUAACUAUAUUAAACCUUGGACGUUUGUGAUUGUAUACGGCACAGAUCAUUAUAUUACCAUUAGAUCACCAUAACGCCGUAUUUGUAGAAAGUUCAAAAAUGAGUAUUAAUUGCAUGUAAACCCUUUAUCGUUUGGUAUCACUGUUUAUAUUUAUUAUUGAAUAAUUCGUAAUAAUAUCAUAUCUAGAUAAAUAAUUAAUUAUCGUUGACCUUAUUUAAAUAAUGAUGUAUUACAUACAGAUAUAAAUUAAAUCAUUUUAACUAUCCUACCUUCCCAACUUUCCACCUACAACAGUGACUGGGUCAGUAAAUCAACUUUUUUUUUAAAAAACGUCUCUACACAUAUUAAAACGAAUGGAUGUAUGUUUAUACGUUACGUAUACGUUACCAUUCAUCCGAUCACCGUGAAACUUUGGGUAGUUAUUACACGUUGUCCGUAGAUGGUUUAUAGCUAUUAAAACCCUUUCCCUAUUGUAUAACAUUCUCCAAUAUUCGGUGUUUUACGUAUUUUUAGUAUAAAAAUCUAAUUAAUUUUGUUAGUUUAUGGGUUACCUUGGUAACACGGAUGAAAAAAAAAACAUUGUUAUUAACUAUAGUAAUAACAUACCUAUACCUAAUUAUAAUUUAUCUAUUAGCUUUAUUUAGAAACUUUUUUAUUUCACGGGCAAAGCCGGAUGGGUCAACUUGUAUCAAAUAAAUAAUGAAGCUAAAAUACAUUUAACUGAUUAGUAAUCAAUUUGAAUUCAAAUAAAAAAAUUAAUCUACAAAAAUAAAUAUCAGAUAAUAGUAAAAUAUUGUCAAUAAUUUGAUUUUUAUUUUUAAAUUAUAAAUAAGUUGAUGAAAAAUAUAUUUAGGUAAAUUAUUAAAAUCAAAAUUUGUAUUUUUCUGUUCAGUCUAAAAUACAAAUUAUCUUUUAUCUUUAUGUACAUACAUUUUUCAUUAUCUUUUCUUAACACUGGGCUCCCGUACGUCUGAUAGGGAAAAACUAUCGUGUUUAUCGGCAUGCUGCGGUUUUUCACCAACGCAGGCCUGUUUUGCUCAGCGUUUCGUUGUCGCAAUGCCAGAAUACUGCCAAACUUCCUGAAACCUUUAACGUCUCUAUUUAAUGGAAUACUAUAAAAUAUGCACACGUAAAUAAGUCUCAGUAUUUAACAUUAUAACGAGAACAAGUUAUACAUUUUAUUUUAUCCGGAUUGAAAUACUUGAAAUAUGCCUACCGUGAAUAGAUUAAAAUGUAAAUAAUAUAAUAAUAAUAAAUUCAAAUUCAAUUAUAAUAAAAAAAAAAAUUAAAAUUAUACAAUUUAAAUUGGUAUAGGACAACGUCACUUACUCGUCUUUUUCGUUUCAGGUAUUUUUUUUUUUUGAAUUUUUGCCAAAAAAAAAAACCGGUCACGCAUAGUCAACCAUUCAUAUCAUACGGAUUCGCGUUGUUGUUUUAUAAAAUGCAAAUAUAUAUUUUAUAUUUUAUUCGUUUCCAACGCCUACGUUGGUUUUGAACCGAUUGUUCGCUAUUUUAGUACAUUCGUCCGACCGGCCGUAACUGGUGAUGGACGGGACCAAGUUUUGACUAUCGAUUUUACUUCCCUCUUAAAAUAUUGGUACGGACUACUGGGACUAUUAAUGUUUAAACCCGAAAUGUAUAAAACACAUUAAGAAUCAUAAUUGUUUAACCAAAAAUUUAAAUUUAUUUGAUUUCAUAACAAUUGGUUGAAUAUCACUUUUAUCUGUAAUAUAAAAAUAAAUAUAUUUUAAAUGUAACAAAAUUUAAUAUAGUUUAAUAGUUUCAAUAGUAUAGUUGAUAGUUAUUAGAAAGAAUCGAAUAAAUAUAUAGCUUGAAACUAAUGAGAUGAAUCGAUAGUGUUCACUCGGUAGUGCCUAUUACUAGGCGUAACCUUUACCGGCGUGUUAAUAACAUCGUGAAAUAUUAUUACUACAUGUUUAAUGUUUAUACAGGGGGAUCAAUCUACCGUAAGACACUCAUUAUCUCAGAAAGUAUUAACAUUUUUCGAAAUUUGUUUUCUAGAAUAUUUAAAAAUCAAACAGCUCUCCAAUUUUAUAUUUAUGUUAUAUUUUGUCUUCCUUAUUUUUGGGGGUAAAACCACUACCUACUUUUGAUUUUCAAAUGGCUACCUACAUUAAAAAAUGUAAUAAAUAUAUGGAGUGUUAGUUAAAAUACGUUUUGGUAUUGAGAUUUUAAAUUUCCGUCAAUCCGUUAACGAGGUUUAGGUUAGGUUAGUUUUAAGUUUUGAUCGGGGGAGAGUAUUGGAGCAUCAUUCGUGUGGUGGUACGGUGCACAGCGUUUUAAUAGUGCAGUAAGAAGUUAAUACUUUCCGAGAUAAUAAGUGUCCUUUAUUCAUAAUUCAAAAACAACAAUGUAAUACGUUAUUUUAGAUAUUGAUAGAGCACCGAAGAAAUCAUAAUAUUUAUUUAUUAUAGACAUUAUAUUAUUAAAACACUAAGAUGCAUAUGUUUUAAAAAAAAUUUUCGGUUAAUAUAUAAAAAUACUACAAAUUUUUCAAACAGUAGGUACAAGACUUUCCAACAGGCGAUACUUUAUUUUAAAACAAUGAAGAAUCAGUUAAAAUUGUUAUCGAUUUCUGAAUUAUCUGAAAGUCGUUUAGUUGUCGCCAAAAACCCCUGGACGCUAUAAAAUGCGAUAUCAUACUCGACGCACUUCAAUAUUAUUGUCUACAUGAAAAUGGUAUAAUGUCAACACUUUAGUCGACGAAAAAACCACGUCACGUAUACUCUCAUAUAAAUUAUUAUUAAGAAUAUCAUAUACGUGUCAGUGAACUUCCAAUAGGUUAGGUACCUCUUUUUGUAUAUUGUACUUGUUUUAUUUUAGAAAAUGUUUUGUAAAUAAUCGUUAUCUUUUUUUUCGCUUUCAGAAAAUGCCGGCUACAGCGAUGGAUAUGACAGUGGUGCAGAGUGAAGCAAUGGCCGAAAAUCGGCAAUCGGAAAUUCAAUCUUUUUACAACGAUGCGACGGUAUUCUUGACGGGCGCCACCGGAUUUUUGGGGACUAUGAUUUUGGAAAAAUUAAUGAGGUAGUUCACGUUUGGUUUUAUACUGUAAACGGUAGAGUGAGCUUUAUCACAUAAACGGGGACAUAUGUUUUCAAUUUUCGAUCCAGCUAUAUCCAGGAUUUUGUCUACACUAUACAAAUCAAGCACAAUACUCAAUUCAAAUUUUAAUUUAAAAAAUACAUAAUUAUAUACGGUAGGUUCUAAAUAAAUAAAUAUAUGCAUUAUGCAUACAUAAAAACUAUACGAAUUGAUGAAUUCGCUUUAACGAUGAACGAAAAACAUAUAUAAUAAUAUUAUAUUUACAAAUAUAUUACAAAUACAAAGUCGCAAAAACAUUAUUUUUGGCGAAUAUAAUAAUUAUAAUUGAUGAGGAACUAAAUGACAAUUUAAAUACAAUUUUACUUCUUUAUCCAGAAGUAUUAGGAGCUGUUUAUUUUAAUUUCACAUUUUAAACAAGUGUUUAAAACACUUUUUAACCUAGCUAUAAGAGUAUUAGAUUAUAUUUAAAUUUAAAUGUUUACAAGCGUUUACCCUUAUACGUGAUAGUAAUAUUUUGGUUAGUAUACAGAAAUUUGAAAAAAAUAUGUACAUCGAAAACUUAAUUAUAAAUGUAUAACGUACCCUACCCACGUGCACGAUUUUGAUUAGUACACGUACCACCGAAACGUUUUCCGUUUACAAAUUGUCGUCAGGCGCUGUAUGUAUACACAGAAUAAUUAAUACGUUGAAUUUUACAAAGAACAAUAUGUAGUGGAUUUUUUUUUAUUUCAUAGAUUUUUAUAACCUUAUUUAAAACGUUCUUCGAAAAUUUACGAAAAUAAAGCUUUUGUUAAUUUCAAUUUUGUGUUUGUGUUAUGAUUCAGUAAAACGUAUUCUUAGAGACUAGCAUUUAAGACAUAAUACUUAUAUUUGCCUUUUAUAGACGUCGUAAAAUGUUCAAAAUAUUUGUGACAUUUUUGAGCAUAUUGAAAACGACUUACCCUGAGAUAAAUUAGAUCCGAAAUUCAAUAUAAAAGGUCAUUUAGCAUUUUUUUGAUUGGUGUAAUAUUUCUGAUAUAAAAUGUAGUUCGUAAAAAUUAAAAACAAUGAUAUUCGCAACAUCAGGGCGCAUCGUAAAUAUUUGCAAUUUUUCCCAAUUAUUGUAAAAAUCUUCUGUAAAAUCAAAAAACUGACUUCCUCAAUGCAUCAAUUAGAGAAUCUUUUCCUUCAAAAUAGGUGUUACAUUUGAUACACCGGAGCAAGAUUUCUUGUAAAAAAAAUAUUCACAGACAAGAAACAAAAAUCACAUAUCAUAGUAAAACUAAUAGAUCUCUCGUUACGCUCUGAACCUAGAAAACUCAAAUCAACGUAAAACCAAUACAUAUUAUUCGCUACACUCUAAAUUUAUAAAAUCAUAAUGCCUUUUUUUCAGAACUUGUUCAAUAAAAAGAAUUUACAUUUUAAUUCGAGAGAAAAAAGGUAAAACUCCCGAGGAACGGUUCAAAGACCUGUUCAACAAUUCCGUAAGUAUAUACUCGGGUACAUUUUUAAUUUUAAAAAAUAACGUAUUCUACGAUAAAAAAAAAACAUAAUUUAUUACAAUUUCAGGUAUUCGAAUUAAUGAAAAAACAAACUCCGAACUAUUUGGAAAAGAUCUCUGCGGUGAUCGGCGAUUGCGGUCUACCGGAAAUGGGAAUUGGUGAACAGUAUCAGGAAAUUCUCAAAAACGAAGUACAUAGAAAUAUUAUACAUAUUGUUAAUACUGGUCAACUCGUUUGAACGAAAAAAUAUAAAUGCAUUAUAGGUAAAUGUAAUUAUACACUCUGCCGCCACCGUGAGAUUCGAUGAACAUUUGAGAUUGGCCAUGAACAUCAAUGUAGUCGGUUUGCAAUAUUUACUGAAAAUGUGCAAGGACAUGAAAAAUCUCAAAGUAAUAUAAAAAUUUAAAUUACUGCGCUCCGUGUCAUAUAAACCAUAAUGUUAUUAAAAUUAAAAAUUGUUAAUUAAUUGUAUUAAUUGUACGUAGUCUUUUGUUCAUAUAUCCACGGCCUACUCGCAGUGCUCCAUCAGGAAAGAGAUAGACGAAGUGUUCUAUGAACCACCGUUGACCGGGGAUCAAUUAGUGCAGAUCGUAAACAAUUUGGACGACGAGUACAUCAAAAUACUAACGCCCUCGUAAGUCGUGUUACUAUAUGAAAAAAGUAGUGCUAGGAGGUUGACCCGAAAAAAAUUAAUGUUUACGCAAUAAUAAGUCGUUGUUAACGAAAAAUACUUCUAAGUAUUAUCUAGACAUACUAGUACACAUAAUUUACGGUUUCUGGUUUACCGCAGGUUAUUAAAAGAAUUCCCGAACACGUACACGUUCACGAAGGCCAUCGCUGAAUCCGAAGUGUUGACCAUGGGCAAAGGAUUGCCCGUUGGAAUGAUAAGACCGUCUAUGAGUGAGUUUAAAAUGCAUCUUCUGAAUUAUUUCUAUAAAUAAUUCUUUAUCUCUAACCUAAUUUAACCUAUCAGCUAUCGUCCCUCUAUACAUGUCGUCAUCUUUCUCAUAAUCAUUCUUGUUAAUAUUUUCUCAGCAGUUAUUCCGUGUUCCUAUAGUGAAAAUUCGUAUCGAAAACGUUCAAAUCGAUACGGUUUUUUGUAUUUUCGUAUAAACCGAUACCGAUAACGAAUAAUUCGUUAGGUAUAUUAUAGCGUCUGCAGUAGUGGCGAUCCUACAGGGAAAACAGCGAUGGGUAGAUCGCCCCCCCCCCUUGGUCUAUACAACAAAAACCUGAUAAUAUAUCUAUGUUUUACAUUAUUUUAUGAUUCAAAAUAAUUGUGGUAACAAAGCGAGAAAAUAAUCAAUGAUUUUAAUAUUUUUUGGCAACACUAGGUUUCACCUAUUCUGUGAUAUGGCUAUGAUAAUGUGGCGGGGACCAGGGGACGGUAUGCACCACCAACUAAAAUAUUAUAGACCGAUUUGCAAAACAAAAAAACCAAAAAAGGACUUUUAUUUUGUAAUAUUACAUGAAAUAAAUUUUUAAAUUAACGAAAUAUUUUUUUUUACCAUUUUUAAGGAUUGAAUUUGAUGUGAAAAAUAUUUCGUUCCCCCCUUGAAAUUUUAGUAGGGCAACCAUUGGUCUGCAGAGGUAAAAUUGUUUUAGUCAUUUUUUAGGGUUGUGUACUCAAACACAAUGAACGUUGCGUGAUGUUUUUUUACUAAUAACUUAACCCGCCCCGGGUAAAGUUAUAAAAGAAAACAAUUUAAAGCAAACGUCCUACUAUUAUUAUGUACCAUCCUAUGUACAUAUUAUAUUUUAAAACCAACACGUCCACCUUGACAUUCUCAUCAUUUCUGCAGCUAUAAUAAUAUUAUAAUACCUAGGUGUAUACCUCUCUUUUCUUUUCUUUAGACUUUCUAUUUUCGGCGCUCGACAUUAUAGACUCGCAUUAUAUACACUACACUGCCGAUUAACACCCUAAACACAAUAAUAGUAAUUUGGUAAAUUUUCCGGGGGAAGGGGGGGGGAGGUCUUAAAUUUCUUGGGUGUUAAAAUCUAUCUACUUGUUUAAUUUUAAUUCUUCAAUAAAUCGAUUGGUUUAUACCGCGAUUAUUCGCGGAAUAUAAAAAAAUAUUUUCGAUUGCGUACACUACAAAUACUACUAAAAGAAGUAUAAUAAAUCAGAUACACUUCCCGAAAUUCGGUUAUUUUUGAAAAUAUAUUGUUAUACAAGUUGCUCGACUUUAUAAGUAUUAAGUUAUUAUUUGUUUAUUUGUGGUAAUAACAAUUUCUAUAAUUCAAAUCUGUUGUGUUCAAAAUAAAUAUAAAUAUUUCUUCUAAUAUAUUGGAAUUAAAAAAAAAUUAUCUUUAUUUUGCGGCAGACUGCAAAACAUUGAAAACUGACUUCCUAAAAAAACACCACCUAUAGAUAAAAUGUGAAAGAUUUUGUUCCUAUUCAUUACAAACUAAAAUUGGACAUUGGGUUUUUACCUAAUAUUUCUCAUCAUUGCUUUUAUUGGUCUAAAACAUAUGCAAAAUACGCACUUUGUAGGGUCCUCUUAAAUAGGUUAGAAUAGGCCCUAAACAUUUUAAUGAUAAGAUGUUUCCAUUGAUCUAUUGCCUGAUAUCUCCGAUUUUAAUACCAUACCGCUUUAUGACCAUUUUUACGAAUGAAUAUGUUAGAUUAGGUUAGGUUGACGUUAACCUAUUACGUUUUAGACCGAAAAUCCAGACGAAUAUGUAAGGAUUGGGUUUAAAAAAUUUAAUUUUGAAAAAGGUUUUUGAUUGGUUACCAACCUUGUAUCGAUUUACAAUGAGGGUGAUUUUAUAUAUAUUUUUUCCAGCUGUGUUAUAGAUGAAUUAUUAUAUUUUUAUAUUCAUCAUAAAAUCAAAUCAUUUUUGGAAUAUUUAAAAUCACCUAUACUAUAAAUCUGAUUAAACUUGAUCCAAAUCCGUUUUCAAAAUUAAAAUCUGUUAAAUCCAAACCCUAAAAAGAUUGGUCUAAAUACCUUUUUUUUUUUUUUUUUUUGUGAAACAACUUUCUUAUAUUUUUAUUUAUCCUUUAUAGUCAUUGGUACGGAAAGCGAACCCGUGCCCGGUUGGAUAAACAAUUACUACGGGCCGACCGGAAUCACAGCGGCCGCCGGUAUAGGGCUCUUGAGAGUAAUGCUUGCUGACCCGAAUGCGAUAGCUGAAAUCAUUCCCGGAGACUUUGUCAGCAACGCGGUGUUGUCUUGCGCCUGGGAUAUACAUAACAAGUGGUAAUGUUUACGAAAUUAAACUGCUAUGCUGUUAUUACAUUCUUAAUGUAUGCGCAAUUAUUACAAGGCGCCCAAUAGUUUCAAAAUAGGCUAUAAGACGGACAAUAGGUAAUUGUUGUUUAUUUUCGAAACUUAGGCAUUUUUUGUUUUUAAACAAAUAUAUUUUCCAAAUUUCCGACUUUUAUAUAAGAGGUACUAUAAAAUAACCGAAAAUAAAUUUCCCAAAAGUAUUUAAUACGAACAAUUUUUAAAGAUAUCGUAUUUCGCUCGAAGAAUAUUUAAAUAUACGAGAAUUUAAUGAACGAAAAUAUUUAAUCCAAAAAUAAUAACAUCAAAAAUAAGGAGGACAUAAGAGCGUGGUCGGAUACGAUUGAGAAUGACAUGAGGACGACGGGUUUAUGCGAGGACGAUGUGGGGGAUAGGGUCAAGUGGAAUUCUAGAACGAGAGCGGCCGACCCCAAAUAGUUGUGAAUAUCGGGAUUAAGGCGAAGGAGAAAAAAAAGGAAACUGAAUUAAAUGUUUUUCGCCUUUGGGUGUGACGCCAAGAAAUCAAAUACGUUUCUCAACAAAUUUUUUUCGGAUGUACGUAUAAAAUAUUUUUUUUCACAUGUACUUACGGAUAAAAUACGUUGCGGACGAAAUAUUGUCUAAUAAAAUACUGUUAGAGUCAGAUAUAUUAAUCAUACCAUUACAUAUAUCAUAAAAACAAAAAAGACGUCCUUGGAUAAUGGGGACGGGUGCAGCCACUGUUAUAGGUCAUUUCAUGUAUACCUGUAAACAACGAUAAACCAUUGCUUACGAAAAAACUAUUCUGAGCGGAGUUCAGUUGAUAGUGAUGUUUUGUCAACAAUAUAAUUAAAUAGGCUCUAUAUAUUUUCUUUAAUCAUAUUUGUUUAAUGUUCUACCGAUUUUCCCGGUUUUAACAAGUUUUUCACAUUUGCUGAGAAAACUCCGGGGGAAAUGGAAAAACGACCUUUUCAAAGUACCUCCCAAGUAAAAUUAUCUUUCAGAAACAUUGCUAUUAUUAAAAUUCGGAGCAAAAUUGCUGGUAGAAAAAUUGUCCACAGAAAAAAAAAAUGUAAAAUUAUAUUUAUUAUAUUUCGUAAUUUUUCCCUUUUUUUUUUCGUUUUUUCGCAUUCGAUGAAAAAACUAUGGAGAAAAUCGAAAAAUUACCUGUUUAAGGUAUCUCCCUACACCAAUUUCCUUUCAGAAAAGUUGGUACACGUCACCAUCGGAGCAAGUCUCCUGGUAGAAAAGUUGUCGACAGAAAAAUAAAAAUAAAAAUAAACAUCUUUUUAAAACCAUAAGUUUCUUCGCUCCACUCAGAAUCUAAAAUGUACCUAACCGUUAGUUUAGUCAAAACUUAUAACCAUACAUGAUCAAAUUACAUACUGUAAAUCUAUAAAGUUUUUAUAAUAGUAUAAUAUUUUCGUGCGUAUACGUGCGUAAAUCAAUUUGGUUUCAAAACUUCGAUUACACAAUUUGCACAAAAUAAAAUCAACAUAACGUUAUUUCGUUUUCUAUUCGUUAUGAAAAAUAUCCGAAAAAUUGCCUACAUCUAAUUACAGGUAUUGAACAAAUUAAUGUCUUAUAUUAAAUUAUAUUAGGUACUAGGAACUUAUUGAAUUUUGUAUAUUAGGAUCGAGCAUAAAAAAACGGUUAACGGUAAUGUUUUCGACCGGGAUAGUUACACGCCGUCUAUUUACAACUUGGUGUCUUCGAAUAUGAACCAACUGAAGUGGCGAGAAUUUGUUUCGAUCAACAAAUGUCAUGGGACUAAAAUACCCAUAGACAAGAUGGUACGUACACAGAUCUGCUGCAGAACUUGAUUAUAUAAUAUGAUACGCGCUCAUAUAAAUUCUAUUGUCGAGCGUUUUAUUAGACAAAUAAUGGACAUUUUAAAAAUCGUUUUAGAUUUGGCCGAUCAUGUUAAAGCUGACCCCAAACAAAUACCUGUACACGGUUUUGUGUUUCCUCCUGCACACCUUGCCCGCUUAUGUACUUGACUCCUUGGCCAAACUCGUGGGAAAGAGGCCCAGGUAUCUGUGUGGUGGCUCACGUGACCCCGAGAAAAGUACUCGUUGAACGGUUUAAUUUAUAUAUGUUUUUUUUCUCUUUUCUUUCCAGAUUAAUGAAAGAAUACGAGAAAUUACACAAGUACACCGAUAUCUUGAAGUACUUUGCUUUAAAUUCGUGGAAGUGGAACGAGCCGAAUACGCAGGCUCUAAUAAGCAGAAUGUCUAAGGAGGACCGAACGCUUUUCAAUUUCGACAUUUCCUUAAUUAGUUGGGAUGAUUAUUUUUUUAAUUCCGUGAGGGGCAUCCGGAAGUAUAUUUUCCGAGAGGAAUCGUUAGAUACCGUGCCGCAGGGAUUGAAACACGUAAAACGGUCAGUAACUGCAUUUGUCAUUACGAUAGUUAUUAAUAAUUAUCUUAGACAUGCUUUUUCGGUCAGUUUAACCCAUUAUCAGAGGUAAUCAGCACAGACAGAGUAAACUAUAUACAGAAACACUACGGUCCAAAAACUGUUAUUUCCAUGUGACAGAUCUAAUCGAUAGUACAAUCACACACGAUCUCACUGAUACCUAAUAUCUAAUUGGAAUACAGUGGUGUCUGAUAAAAAAUCGUGUGCAUUCCUAACCUAACACAAUGUAUAUUUUGUGUAUUGAUUAUGGAUAUAUUAGAUCUGAAAUAACUAAUUUCAUAAUCAUUAGUUGGUGUUAAACUAUCAAACGGGUUUUGUGGGGAGGUCAAUCGCUCCCAUUUUUCCACUCUCUCAUAUUCGCCACUGUUAAAUGUCUUAACAUAAACUUCAAAAUUGUUGUUUUAAUUUUAACGAUCUGUUGCACCGCUUUUGGUUAUUAUGAACUAUUUAUAGUAAACUUCUAACCGACAAAAAUAGCAUAAUAAUAAUAAUAUAUUUUUUUUUCAGAUUGUACAUGAUUUAUUACACAUUAAUAGCGUUUUUAGUCGCAUUCGCAUUGCUGAUAAUUUACUUACUGUUUUUGUUAUUUAAUUGACGAAUAAACAUAAUUCCCCGUUAUUCCUAUGAUGAUAUGUAAACGGCAAUCAAAUUAUAAAAAUAUAUUAUAAAUAAUAUUUGUAUUAUUUUUACCUUAUGUAUAUAUUUUUUUUAAAUUUUUACUGGAAUUCUUAUUACUGUACGAUGUUUUAGAAUUUGUACUUUUAAUUAUUUUUUUUUAAACUUUUUUAUAGGAAUUUAUUAUGUAUUAGAAUUCAAAUUGUUAGAAUGCUCGCGUGUAUAGAAUAUCCAGUAAAAACAUUUCAUUUUUAUUUUUUAUAAACGUGUUUAGAUUGAGAUGAUUUAUACAUUUAAAAACGAUCUUCGAUGUGUAAUUUAUAUUUUUAUAAACGGAGGCAUUAUAUUUAUUUGUGUAUAUACC